AUGAAGUAUUUGACUCGACGUGGCACUCCCACAAUCAAUGCCAGCGACGACUCUCUCUUCCUUCCUUCCUUUCAGACACCAAAACGUGAAAACACAGCAAUUCCAAGUCGCGCCCACCAUCUGGAUGGACCCUUCCACUCUUAUGUCCACCAGCGAUAUCUCUUCUCUUUCUCUGCACAUCGAAAUCAAAAACCCCCAAACUCCUCCUGCACCAUCGUCACCCCACUGGCAACCCAGCACGCCGGAGACCUGGCUCAGCGAGCCGAUGCGAGCGACGGAGGUGUCGGCGACGGCGAGCUUGGUGGGAGGAGGCGCGACGGGCUUGGCGGAGCAUAA